AUGCUUAUACAAUUGGUAUGGAUUUUUGUCUAUUUGAGUUGUGCGACUACAAACGACGAGAAUGGAAACUAUGUUCCGGAUGAUUAUAACUACGAAAACUGGCCGUUUCAUUACAAAGCGGCUUUAAACGCACUAAGUGUUAUAAAAAGAGAUGUACUACCAGAAGUGCAAGCAGAGAGUAGUAUGAAGUCAUCCAGUGUAGUUGAGACUGAGUCACAGAAAAUAACCCAAGAAUUGAAGCCAAUGGUAGGACAAACGGAAGGUGGUAUUGUGAAUGAGGCACCAAAUGCAGAUAUUCCAAGUCCUGAUCUAAAUACCAAACCAGAUCUAAUAACUUUAAAAAAAAAACCUGAACCAGUGAAAGACCAAGUGAAUAUCACCAAGACGGAUAUAGUUAAAAGUAAUGACACAAAAACAAGUGAAGCAAAUGUUGUAGCCCAACCAAUUUCAAAAAUUGAAGAUACAACAGCAACUAACACUACCACUAAGGAUCCCAGUAUGGUGGAUAUUAAUAAUCCUGGAGUUAUCAAGCGAGGUCUUAUUGUAUUUGGAGGAUUGACUUUACUUGCGGUUGCAUACUUUAUAUUUUAUAGAAAUAAGCACAAAAAGUUUGAUGCUGCUAACGCACACGGUACCGGCGAUUCAAACCAGUUUAGAUAUGGUGUAUUGCACUCCGACGACCGUCGAGAGAAUCUUGAGCUCUCCCGGAUACCACUCACCAUGGAAUCUGAUGAUGACGAAGACGAGGACUUGGAAAUAUUUGACUUGGAACAGAACAGGAAAUCCCUUUCAUAUGUUAACUUGCAAACAAAUGAUGAAGAUAUUGUUCUGCGGUCUUCCAAAGAUGAAUCUAAGAAUAAUCUGCUUCUAGAUAUUGAAGAUGCAUCAGGGGAUCAAUUGAUUAACUGGUCAGGAAGUGGGAGUAAGUCAAUAUUAUAA